AUGGUAUAUGGAUUGCUUAUACAUUCAUUACCAUCAACAACAACAACAACAGUUAGUGGAAGUGGUGGAAGUUCAGAUUUUGUAGUGUAUUGCUCACAGUUCUACACUUCCGAUGGUAAUGAUGAGAUGAUGCAGAGACGACAGACUGCCGUUGUACAGAGAGUUCUUAGUGAACAUCAGUUUAAAUAUCAGUGUGAUAAUACCAAGCCUGAUGAGCGUGCCUAUCCCGAUUGGGCAGUGGCAUUCCUACAGCGACAGCGAGAACAGCAACAGGUUGCAGCUGCACUUUCAAGUGGAAGUGCUCCACCCGUCACCAGUGGAACCGGUGCAUCGGGUAGUUCCGGUAUGUCAUCGAGAAACAGUGACAACGGCCCAAGAGAUGGAAUCUUUAGAAUCGUACCACCCAAACUACAAACAACACCCGUCAUAUCGCCAGCAAACGAUUCUAUCUCCUCUGCAUCACAAUACUUUAGUACCUCAAAAUAUGUAAUAUGGAAACAGAUGUUAGGUGUUUGUUUCACAGUAAUAUGUGAACCUGAUGAAAAUAGAUUACUUGUUAUAAACUUUUUGAAUAUGUUUAAUAAUAUACUUUUAGAUUUCUUUAAGAAUGUAAUUUCGAAAUCAUCAAUACAAGAGGUUAGUAUAAUGCUAUACUAUUAUAUUAAAAGUGAAGAUAUAUUAUUACUUUUACAUCAUUACUUGCCAAAUGGACAAUUACUAUUUUCAUCCAAUCAAUAUGUAAAACAUACCAAAUCAAUCAUUGCAUCAUCCAACAGUUAG